CUGACGUCGCCGGGGACCGGCGUCGCGUCUGGGCUGGCCGGCGGCGGCAGCGGCGGCGAUGGCAGCAGCAACGGAGCGGGCGUGAGGGUUCGGACCUGCUCCCUCCCGCGCGACCCGUGGCCCGACCUGUCUCGGAGGUCCCGGUUUGAUCCGCUCCUGCUCCCUCCCCGGCGCUGCCUGGGCGGAGGCGGAGUUGGAAGCGGUGGCGGAGGCCCGGGCUGGCCGCCCUGCUCGCGCCCCGGCUCGGCCUCGGACGGCCCGACUGCUGUGCGGACAGGAGGCCGAGUCGGUAGUGAAAAGAGAAUACUGAAGAAUAGGAUCUCAAGAUGAGUAAAAAGCCCCCGAAUCGUCCCGGAAUCACUUUUGAGAUUGGUGCUCGUUUGGAGGCACUGGACUACCUGCAAAAAUGGUAUCCAUCACGAAUUGAAAAAAUUGACUAUGAGGAAGGCAAGAUGCUGGUCCACUUUGAGCGCUGGAGUCACCGCUACGACGAGUGGAUCUACUGGGACAGCAACAGGCUGCGGCCGCUUGAGAGGCCGGCGCUGAGGAAAGAGGGUCUGAAGGACGAGGACGAUUUCUUUGACUUUAAAGCCGGAGAAGAGGUCCUGGCUCGGUGGACGGACUGCCGCUAUUACCCCGCCAAGAUCGAGGCCGUUAACAAGGAAGGAACAUUCACAGUUCAGUUUUACGACGGAGUCAUUCGUUGUUUAAAACGAAUGCACAUUAAAGCCAUGCCCGAGGAUGCUAAGGGGCAGGUGCAAUCCCAGCAUCCACUAAGCUGGUGUUGUCCUAUCGACCCAGCUGGAUCGUGUAACCAGUCUAUGGGAAGUGAGGACUGGAUAGCUUUAGUCAAAGCAGCUGCUGCAGCUGCAGCCAAGAAUAAAACAGGGAGCAAACCUCGAACCAGUGCUAACAGCAAUAAAGAUAAAGAGAAAGAUGAGAGGAAAUGGUUUAAAGUACCUUCAAAGAAGGAAGAAACUUCAGCUUCUAUAAGCACACCGGAAGUCGAGAAGAAGGAAGAUCUGCCCACGUCCAGUGAUGCCUUUGGACUUCAUGUAGAGAACGUUCCAAAGAUGGUCUUUCCACAGCCAGAGAGCACGCUAUCACACAAGAGGAAAAAUAAUCAAGGCAACUCAUUUCAGGCAAAGAGAGCUCGACUUAACAAGAUUACUGGUUUGUUGGCAUCCAAAGCCGUUGGGGUGGACGGUGCUGAAAAAAAGGAAGACCGCAGUGAAACGGCUCCAAUGCUGGAGCAGGCGAUUUCACCUAAACCUCAAAGUCAGAAAAAAAAUGAAGCUGACAUUAGCAGUUCUGCCAACACUCAGAAACCUGCACUGUUAUCCUCAACUUUGUCUUCAGGGAAGGCUCGCAGCAAGAAAUGCAAACAUGAAUCUGGAGAUUCUUCCGGGUGUCUAAAGCCCCCUAAAUCACCACUUCCCCCAGAAUUAAUACAAGUCGAGGAUUUGACGCUUGUGUCCCAGCUUUCUUCUUCAGUGAUAAAUAAAACUAGUCCUCCACAGCCUGUGAACCCCCCUAGACCUUUCAAGCAUAGUGAGCGGAGAAGAAGAUCUCAGCGUUUAGCCACCCUGCCUAUGCCUGAUGAUUCUGUAGAAAAGGUUCCUCCUCCCUGUGCAGCCACUGAUGGGAAAGUGUUCUCCAUCAGUUCUCAAAAUCUGCAAGAGUCUUCAGGACCAGAGGUGCCUGAUGUUGCACAUUUGUCACUUGAGAAGCUGAGACCCUGUCUCCCUCUUGACUUAAGUCGUGGUUUGGAAGUUACAGCACCGCUACCCCCAGCUCCCUCUUACCAUAAUGAGUGUCCCAGGGCAGAAAAGGAAGAUACACAGACGCUUACAAACCCUUCUUCCAAAGCAGUAGCUGAUGGAAGGGGCGCUCCGGCAGCACCAGGAAUCUUGAAAACAGAAAAAAAAGUGAAAUUGGAAGACAAAAGCUCGACGGCAUUGGGUAAGAGAAAAGAAAAGGAUAAGGAAAGAAAAGAGAAGAAAGACAAAGACCACUACAAACCAAAACAGAAGAAGAAGAAGAAGAAGAAAAAGAAAUCUAAGCAGCAUGACUACUCAGACUACGAAGACAGCUCCUUGGAGUUUCUGGAGAGGUGCUGCUCUCCCCUGACGCGGGCCUCCGGGAGCUCGCUGGCCCUGCGGAGCAUGUUCCCAGAGAAGAACACGGCCUAUCAGUACCCGCGGGCGAUUCUGUCGGUGGACCUCAGUGGGGAAAACCUAACCGACGUGGAGUUCCUGGACGACUCUUCAACUGAGAGUUUGCUUCUCAGCGGGGACGAGUACAAUCAGGACUUCGACUCCACCAACUUGGAGGAAUCUCAGGAUGAGGACGAUGCGCUGAAUGAAAUCGUGCGGUGCGUUUGUGAGAUGGACGAGGAGAACGGCUUCAUGAUCCAGUGUGACGAGUGCCUGUGCUGGCAGCACAGCGUGUGCCUGGGGCUGCUGGAGGAGAGCAUCCCGGAGCAGUACACCUGCUACGUCUGCCGAGACCCUCCCGGUCAGAGGUGGAGUGCAAAAUACCGCUAUGAUAAGGACUGGUUGAAUAAUGGGAGAAUGUGUGGGUUAUCGUUUUUAAAAGAGAAUUAUUCUCAUUUAAAUGCCAAAAAGAUCGUCUCCACACAUCACCUGCUCGCCGACGUCUGUGGCGUCACCGAAGUCCUGCACGGCCUGCAGCUGAAGAUCGGCAUCCUCAAGAAUAAACACCACCCUGACCUUCACCUCUGGGCCUGUUCUGGGAAGCGGAAAAGACAAGAUGAGGUCAUUGCUGGGGCGGAGAAGAGAGCCUCUGUGCAAGACGCAGUCAGUCUGGAAGAGAGGAGGUGCCAGGUGCAGAACCACAAGUGUGAAGCACCACGCGCGCCCCCGAAGGCGGAGGGGACCUACAUCACCAGCGAGCACAGCUACCAGAAGCCGCAGGGCUGCGGCCUGGACCGCCGGCCCCCGGUGGACCCCGGGAGCUCGGACGAUGACGAGGGUAGUGGCUCUGAAGGGGAGCUCGAGUUCUGCGUGAGGAAGAAGAGCCGCUUCCAGUACCCGGGGAGAGACGACGGAGUGCCUAUCAAGAGCCCAGCCGAGAGGAGCGCUGUGUCCGGGUGUCAUGACAACAAGGGCGCUGAAGACCCGGGGGACUCGCACCUCCAGUGGCAGCUCAACCUCCUGACACACAUAGAGGACGUGCAGAACGAAGUGACCAGCAGGAUGGACCUGAUAGAGAAGGAAGUCGACGUUCUGGAAAGCUGGCUGGAUUUCACGGGGGAGCUGGAGCCACCUGACCCUCUCACGAGAUUGCCCCAGCUGAAACGCCACAUCAAGCAGCUUCUAAUGGACAUGGGCAAAGUGCAGCAGAUCGCGACCCUCUGCUCCGUAUGACGGCUGCGGACACCCGCGGGGAGGGCUGGCUCUUGGCAGCCACGUCGCUCCUGCGACCCAUGUGCCUGCUGGGUGGGUGGCUGACGGGCAUAGCGGUGUUCGGUCGCUUCCUGACUUGCGACAGCAGUGGGGUGGUACCUUGGGAAAGAAAGUGAAGGACAACUUUAUCGAGGAAGUGAAUAGGAAAAAGAAUUUAUGAGCGAGCCACAAAUGUUACUGUAUUAUAUGCCCAGGGUGAGAGUAGAGUAUAAUCUGUGUGAAGGGGGUUGAAUUGGCAGGGUUUGAGUAGGUGAUUCCGUGAAGCUCGAGACACCUGCAGGAAGACAGAUGGUGCAUUUACGCGGUUUCUCGCAGGGAGACCCUCGCUGACACACCAGCACGUGGCCAGACACACGGUUGUAGGGGAAACCGGAAUUGUGGCGGGGUCGACAGGUGGCGCAAGAACUGUCUUCUCUGCGGCUGCUCCAGGAGACUGAGACUCCCGCAGGGUCAUGAGCUGUUUCCUAGGUGACCGAUGUCCUUAGUCAGAAAACUGACCGUGGCAGUCUCGCUUCUGGGGGCACUGCUUGGAGUCCUCGCCUCACCACGAGUACAUUCUAAAAACAAGCACCAAACGAUGGGAGUUUGCGGCGGGCGUUGAGCUCAUGGCAAACAAGAUGGGCUGCAGAGGGUCACUGUGCCACACAGGGACGACAGCGCCAGGAUGAGGGUUUUAGGUGGGAGGGGAGUCUCCCCCAGGUCCCGCACGGUGCUGCCGGUCCCUCUGACACGGGUGCACGCGUGACGCGUGGGGCUGCCCACGGCGCUCGUUGGGCCCUGAGUGUGCUGAGUGUUUGCCUUCAGAAGCGAGUGCCCAGAGCCCCCGCCGGGAUGAGGGGGACGGCACCGGCAGAAGGGUUCGUGGCGGUGGGUUUCUAAACUGCUGUUGGUGGAAUACUGGAAAAGCUUCAUUUCUGAAGAUGAAUUUUAUUUUUAAAAAAUACAUGCGCACUCAAAACUUUUAGCUUUGAUCACAAAUGGACACAUUUCUGAAACCAAAGGCAACUAAGUUGCUGCGUUAGCUCUUGCUGGACUCGGAGCCCAGGCCCUCCCUCCUGGGGCGGGGGUGCGGACGUGCGGGCGCGUGCCCGAGACCCACGCUCGGCGUGCACACGUGCUUGGCCUCUGCGUAUUUAUAUCCACACAUAUCUAGUUUUCUUACUGUAGACUAGGAGAACUGGUGGUUAACAUGAAAUGUUACCUUUUAUCAGACUGUUUUUAAAAAUAACGUGUGUACAGGUUUUGAAACUCUUUUAAAAAGGGGGGAAGAGACUUCCGAGGAGGCUGUUGGAUGGCACAUCCCACUUGCGUAUUUCACGCCUCGCCCUGUGCGUCGGUUCUGGCGGUCUGUGUGAGCGCGCCUGAGAGCUGACAGGCAGUAGACACGGAUUUGUCUUUGAUAAGGACACAUGCCACUGUACAUGCAGAUGUUAUUUAAAUUUGCAAACACACUGUUCUAUAUGUAAGGUACUGUACGUAAAACUCUUUAUUAAAACUAUUCCACAUAUCUUGAAAUUUCAGCUUGCCUUUUUGCGGCCUUAUAUUUUGAUGUAAACAUGAUUAAAAGAAUGUGCAAAACUUAGUCAU